AUGGUCCUCCAACUACUACCUGCCUCCGCGCAGGCCUUCGCUCCUCGGUCCGCGCCGACAAUCGUCCUCAACUCCAAAGUCGAGCCUUGGUUAACACAGACGCUGAAACGCAUCAACCGAAUCAAGCGCCCGCUCAACAGUGUUCCACAGCAUUUCCGAUGUCUGACGGAGACUCUGGGCGGCGCGUCUGCCAUCUGGACCCUCACCUCGCUCAUGCUACCCAAGGCCCCCGAUUCGGAGCUGCGCAAGGAUUCCGACCCUCUGGUCGAAGCGCUGUUCAACUACCAGCUUCUUCACAUCGAGGCGUACGUCGUGCAUGUCGACAUGGUGUCGCAGCAUGAGGUCGCGUUCAAGUUAACGCCGGAGUCUAUCGAGGCGCUUGUCGAGUACCACAAGGACAUCUAUUCCAAGGACGUCUCCGACAACACCUACAGCUGGCCCGAGAAGGAAGCACAGUUGAAGAAGCUUCAGGAGGAGUUCGAGCAGGCGGUCAACAGGUUCGUCUUUCGGACUGGUGUCCGCGCGCUCGAGGGUCUCGAGGAGGACGGUGCUGGCGAGCUUCUGGAAGGUCGAUCAAAGGACGUCCAGACUGCCAUCACGAACCUCUUCCAGACACUCCUCCCGCCGCCGCCAAGGAUCGUCGAUGUCAUCCACCCAGCGCCUCUCAUGCCUAACACCACCAUGGCUGGCGGUUGGUGGGCACCAGCGCCUACGCUUGCGUCACACCCAGCACCGGUGGACAACUGGAGAGUACUGCCGUCGACACCAUCGCCGACUGCGACAAGCUGCAGCGACAAUCAGUCCGCCUCGAUCUGGCCGGACCUCAGCAUGCACCAAUUCCAGCUUCCGUCGCCAACGCCGUCGUUCAGCCAGCCCGUGUUCACAUCAGCACCAUCCCAGUAUUACAGCUCGCCGCAAUGCAUGGCACCCAUGCCGGCGAUGCCGAGCCAGCUGCCCCAGCACUGCGGACACGACAUGGGUAUGGGCGGCUUCAACGACUUCGGUUGGAGCCAGAGCAGCUUCUCACCAAUGUUCGCAACUGCCGUAUGA